CUCAAUCUUUUUUCGGCCUACGGCCUCGGACUUGAAAACCGAUUUCGAGCCGGAAAAGUAUCAUUUUCAGCCCUAGGUGCAAAAUAUACUAUUACAUUCAAUUUUCAUUUCAUUCCAUGUCUCUUAGAUGUCUUCAACAUUAUGCUUUAAAUCUUGUACAUUUUUAGCUCCCUACUGUUUUUGACGUUUAAAUUAUAUGAAUUCCAUAAUUAAAAAGAUUCUGUUACCAUCAUUGAGCACGCGAUUUUUAUUCGGGGGGAAUUCGAAUAAAUUGUCCAUUAAUCCAAUUUUUUUACUUCCUUGAUAACAAUUAAUCUACGUUAUUGAUUGGAAAUAUCCGCUCAUAACAUUUCUGUUGAAUAAAUGUUGAGAAAAGUGUUCAAUGCACACUGUCACCGGUUUUAACGUCGGAUGAAUUGCUAAGGAGUCGUUGAAUCCAUUGGAGAAUUAAUAGAGGGAAAGAAGCACUCCAAACCCAGUUAGCAUUAAUGAGCAACCGUAUGUUUUCCGGCGAAAGGGAAACUAAUAAAUUCUGUUGAAGAUAGAUUUUCCUUCUUGCAGAAAACAGCGCGUGUUAACUUGUGUCUCUUCAGGGGUGGUUGGUGAGCAUCGGGCGGGGGGGGGGUCGUUUAAAACCCCCACCAAGCUGUAACUUGCCCUUCAUUGGUGGCGUUUAUCCACCCCACCCAGGAGGAGUGGGAGAGUAAGGAGGGGGCGAGGGAGAGAGAGUCGCCAGCAGACAUUCCCAUCCCAUCUGCGCUGUGAGUUCACCGUUCACCUCAGUACAUUUCCAGACACAGAGCUAUGAGCAUCACUCCAGGGACAUCACAUGACAUUUCACCGAUUUCAUCCCCCAAACUGCGACCACGCUCAUAAUCCAAGCUCUAAUUUACCUCAACUACUAACACCGAAUUCUCAAAAAUUUCGGCACCUAACCAAAAUUACAGCGCACUUUUUUAUCCUGCCAAAUUCAGUUGUAGACCCGCUCCACCAUACAACCGUGCCAUCCCAUCUUCCCGUAAUGUAAAACUUCGCCGUAAUUGAAGAUGCUGGAAUCGCUCUUGGAAUGGAAAUCAUGUUUUGUUACGUGAACACACAUCUGAUCAGUCUCCCUUGAAAACCAGAUAUCUGGAGUUGGACAUGGGGUUCAACUCGACUGAUUACAACUCUGGAACGGAGACAAUAAUCUCGCCGGUGACACUGAGCUCAGACUGGAGCCGCGUGGCCCGCCUGCUGCUGGUCGUUGGCUUGGCUGUCAUCGGCAGUGUAGGCAAUGUCUACAUGGUCAGUGCUGUCAUGAUCGAGGAUCACCUCAAAAAGAAAGGCAACAUCUUGUUGGUGAACACAGCGUUGGCCGACCUGCUGAUCACGGGCCUGGUGAUGCCGGCGUCGGCGACAGUGAUCCUGGCCGGGCUGCACGACUCGCCGCCCGUCUGCGAGUUCCAGUGGUUCCUGGCCAGCCUGUGCUGGCUGGUCACCGUGCUCACCAUCCUGGCCACCGCCGUCGAGAACUACGCGCGCCUCUGUCUCAGCGCAGACGCCUACGCACCCGCGUUCACCUCCACCCGCAUCACCACCGCCGUCCUCCUCAUCUGGCUGCUCAGUGGCUGUGCCGUCACCGCCCAGGUCGCCUACCGUCUGGGCCCCGACUACUGCACCCGCAAGUUCUCCGGUACAUUCUCAUAUCAGGUAACAGUUGCCAUCCUGUUUGUAAUCCUGCCAACAAUUCUGACGUCCGGUUUCUACCUGAGGACGACGCUGCACGUCCGCCAAACAAAGUCCGACCCGAGCUUCAAGCCGCCCAUCACAUUCAGCUGGGACUACUCGCUCAUGAAGACCAACUUCUACAGCUUCAUCGUCUUCCUCAUUUUCUGGCUUCCGUUCGGUGUCAUCCUGGGCAUCGGCAAUAUACAGAAAAUCAACCCGCGUACAUUCUACAACCUGGCUUGGUUGGCACUGAGCAAGUCUUGCAUCAACAAUUUCCUCUACUGCAUAACCAAUCGCCAUUUUAGGAACGCCUACAUCAAUUUGUUCCACUAUUGUUGCUGUAAGACGACGGUUGCGUUCUCGAGAAGGUCGAGGGGUGAGCCGAGCAGACCCACAGGGGAUGUCAGGGUGCACAUCAUCCCAGGUUACAACAUGUACUCGUACACAAGUCCCCAGAGAGCUCGCGAGACUGGCAAAACAUCUGCUGGCAAAAGAUCAGCGGGCACCAAUAGAGGGGCCGGCAGAUCAAACGGCAGAGAUGUUUAUCAGCUCUGAUAAGCAUACAAAAAUUACUUGCAUUUUUCAUUUUAUAAAUAAUUUUGUGGAACUUUUCCAUGAUCAAUUAAUCGAAUAGAUAUUGUCGAUUUUCAACAGAUCUUGAUUGAGUUUGACAAUAUUUUCUACAUUAUUUCAUGUUCAAUAUGUUUUGAAUGUAUGUAAUGCUAUAAUAAUCAAUUAUGAUUUAUGUACUCUUGAUCCAGAGAUUUUGUAGAACUUCCAAUGAUCAAAUGGAAUAUUUCAAUAGGAUUUGAUACUAAUUUCUCCUCAAAGAUAAUCCAGCAUGGAUUUUACACAUGAUUUAGAUUUUGAUGAGCUUCUACAAUAUUAAGAGAAGAAUAUUGUCAAAUUAAACAUUCCAAGGUAGGUAGAAUUCGGCAAUAUUUUCCGAAUAUAUCUUUCACAUGAAUUAUAUCUGCACUUGAUCCGAAGAGUUGUUAUAAAUCUCUUCUGUGAUGACAUGAAUAAAUGAAAUUGAUAUCGGCCGAAUUUCAAAAAAAUAUACAAAACUCAUCAAUAUUAGUCAUCCGUGGUAAGAUAGAAUGAAUGGAAAAGACAGUGAAGAAUUUAAACAAUUUCAAAUUAACCUUUAUAAUAAUAUUAAUUUCAUCUGCAAAUAUCCUCCUCUAGAAUUGAAAAAACAGAGCAAUUCAAUCUGCUCAUGAAGCACCACUUAACUUUACUUUCCAUGUUUAUUUUACUUUCCAUUAUAAUAUUAUGAUGUGUGUUUAAAAAAAAUAUCCCGUUAUCUCAAUGUUCCAGGUACCAGUAAAUAUUUUUAAACCCGUUUUAGAAACUCAUAGGUCUGAAUAUGAAUUGAAUUCAUAAAGAUAAGGAAUUCAAUAACUCAUCUUUCAUCUUAUGCUGUGUUGAUGAUGGUUAUAUGUGUAUUUAGUUGAUGCUGAAACUCUAGGUAAUAAUAAUGGGCAUUGGUUGAAUAAUUGUACUAUUCUAUAUUUUUAUGUUGAAAAAUCAAUCAAUAUUUAUUAUGAUAUGAUCAACAAUCCGAGCUGAAUGUUGUCAUGAUCUCCAACAUACAAAGAUGACAUUAUAUAUUCCUUACAAAUGAAACCGGUAUCCAAGUCUUAUGUAAGAACAGCAAUUUCUAAAAAAACUCUCUAGAAAGCUUUGUAAAAUAGAUCUUUCAUUGCUUGGUACAACUAAAACCAAAUCAAUCAAGUGGAUUGGUUAGCGGAAAUUUUGUGCUAAAAAUACUUCUAUACAGUAGCAGCCUACCGGAAGAAAAAAAAUAUAUAUAUAUAUAUUUUAUAUAAUGCUAGGAAAAACUGAUCAUAAUAGUAGUCACAAAAUUCAAAACAGUCCAGUUCUUAUAAUUCAAAUACUUUUAAUUGUUCAGUACUCCAAUGUAUUUAUUGUAGUACUAUGAUUUAGGAAAAGUUUAUUAUUUGGACUGAUUUUUUUAGAUCAUUGAUAUGAAUUUAUUGCUGUAUGAACUCAUUACUCAUAUCAUAUUGAUGAUAAACUGGAUACAUCAAUCACGUGAAACAUUAUGAACCAUAAUAAAAUGUCCUCUCUCUAGAGAAUGAAUCGAUUAUACUAAUGAUCACACUCUCCAAGAUCAAGGAAUCAACAAUAAUAUAUAACUCACACCAUUAUUCAAAUUCAAGAAUGAAAAUAGUUGUCUUCUCUUCACUCUCAAAACAUUAUUCAUUGCCGGUUGCUGGAGCCUCUAUGCUAGAAUAACGGACAAACGUACAAAAUUAUUAUCCAUAUCAAAAAUGAAAUUGAAUUCAUUCCUUAAGUGAAACAGGGUUUUUAUGGAGAAAGCUCCGUCCAAUAAAUUUAUAGAAACAUAACAUGAAGAAUAAUAAAUUAUCUGAUACUGUAAUCCGAUCCUGCUUAGCUCACCAUAUUAUAUUAUACAAUCUACCAAUUGGUUCGUUCGAUAAUACACGCAUAAUAUGAUUGAUCAAAAUGCCGUAACCAUUCUUGGUACAGUACAAUAUGUCACUCCAAAAAGACAUAAAUUGAAAUUAAUGAGUUUUCAACUAUUACUCAUAGAUUAAAUAUAUUGGAAUGAAAAAAAAUUGAAUUUUUACUCAUAUAAAGAUAAAUAUGGGGAUUCAGAGAAAUUUACCACCAAUGUGGAGGUAAACCACAGCAAAUUUGACCAAUGUUCAAAAAGAAUCGGAAAUAUUCCUAUGAGAAUAAUUUUCAUAUUUACCACUCAUUCCUAAUAGUUAUUAUUUCUCGCGAUUACUGAUAUUGUGAAUUAUUGAUGCAAAAAUUACUGUAUGAAAUUAUUAGGUAAUAUUAUCAGAUUAUUCAUCUUAUUAGUACCACCUGUGAUUGUAGUGACUGCAUAAUUUUUUUCAUUUACAAAACCAAUAACUAUACCGUAUUGAUAAAUUCUCAGAAUAUAUGGUCAGAUGAAAAUCUAGAGAGACGAGUAGGCCUACAUAGAUUUAUGAGAAGUGGAGUUUUUAUCAGACAAGUAUUGUAGCUUUUGUAAUGUUUCAAGAAUUCUGAAACAGUGUGGAUACAAUAGAAAAAAGUAAAAAAUGUAAUUCCUUCCCCUAGAAAGUCUUCAGCAGUUUCUCAUGACUCUGUUCUCUUGAUGUUUGCUUCCUCGCAUUCAAAUAUCUAUUCAAAAAAUGUUUCUUAGAUAUUGGAAAUUCGUUUCAAGUCUAUUCAUUCAAGCAGUUCCAUUUUUAGCUCUUCCAUUUUUAGCACUUCCAUUUUCCAGCUCUAAUUACUGGUCUGAUGAAAUUCAAAAGCUCAUAUCAACAUUAAUUAAAAAUCAAAUUUAACAAACAAUUAAAUCUGUGUACCGUACUUCUGAAUCCCAAUAUAUGUGUUCAUAUCAAAUAGAGGAGGAAUAUCAUUAUUUGGGGGAAUAGAGGAUUAGAAGAAUACUUUAUAUGACUGGAAAAUAAUAUUUCAAUGAUAAAUUAUAGAAAUAUGAAUCAUAAUCAUCCCAUGUAGCUCAUCUCUAUAUAUAAAAAUGAAUGUAUGUUUGUGUGUUAGUUUGUUUGUUUGUUUGUUCCCUAUAGACUCGAAAACUACUUGACAGAACGGCAUGAA